AGAGAAAGGGCGGGGAAGCGAGCCGGACGUGUGCGGCGCGCGAGCCUGUGUUUCUCCCCGUGUGUGCCAGAGUGUGAGCCUUGGGAGGUGCGACCCGGUGUGCGGACCGGCGUGCGCGCUGGGGUGGGAGCGAGCGGAGCGCGUCUACACCGGCCAUGAGGGGCGCGGGCGCCUGGGCCGCGCUCUGCCUGCUGCUGGCCGUGGCCGCGCAGCUCUCCCGGCAGCAGCCCCCGGAGAGACCUGUUUUCACAUGUGGCGGCAUUCUUACUGGAGAGUCUGGAUUUAUUGGCAGCGAAGGUUUCCCUGGAGUGUACCCUCCAAAUAGCAAAUGUACUUGGAAAAUCACAGUUCCUGAAGGAAAAGUGGUAGUUCUUAAUUUCCGAUUCAUAGAUCUGGAGAGCGACAACCUGUGCCGCUAUGACUUUGUAGACGUGUACAAUGGUCACACCAAUGGCCAGCGUAUCGGGCGCUUCUGUGGCACGUUCCGGCCUGGAGCCCUUGUGUCCAGCGGUAACAAGAUGAUGGUGCAGAUGAUUUCCGAUGCCAACACGGCUGGGAAUGGCUUCAUGGCCAUGUUCUCUGCUGCUGAACCAAACGAAAGAGGGGAUCGGUAUUGUGGAGGACGCCUUGAAAGACCUUCUGGCUCUUUUAAAACCCCCAACUGGCCAGACCGAGAUUACCCUGCAGGAGUCACUUGUGUGUGGCACAUUGUAGCCCCAAAGAAUCAGCUUAUAGAAUUAAAAUUUGAGAAGUUUGAUGUUGAGCGUGACAACUAUUGCCGGUAUGAUUUUGUGGCUGUGUUCAACGGUGGAGAAAUCAAUGACGCUAAAAGAAUUGGAAAAUAUUGUGGCGAUAGCCCACCUGCGCCAAUUGUAUCUGAGAGAAAUGAACUUCUCAUUCAGUUUUUAUCAGACUUAAGUUUAACUGCAGAUGGGUUUAUUGGUCACUACAAAUUCAGGCCAAAAAAACUGCCUACAACUACAGCAUCACCUGUUACCACCACGUUCCCUGUAACUACAGGUUUAAAACCCACCGUGGCCCUGUGUCAACAAAAGUGUAGACGGACGGGGACUCUGGAGAGCAAUUAUUGUUCAAGUAACUUUGUAUUGGCUGGCACCAUGAUCACAACUGUCACCCGAGGUGGAAGCUUGCAUGCCACUGUCUCGAUCAUCAACAUCUAUAAGGAGGGAAAUCUGGCAAUUCAGCAGGCUGGCAAGAACAUGAGUGCCAAGAUCACUGUGGUCUGCAAGCAGUGCCCUCUCCUCAGGAGAGGUCUAAAUUACAUUAUUAUGGGCCAAGUGGGUGAAGAUGGGCGAGGCAAAAUCAUGCCAAACAGCUUUAUCAUGAUGUUCAAGACCAAGAAUCAGAAGCUCCUGGAUGCCUUGAAAAACAAGCAAUGUUAAUAAUGAACUGUGUCGAUUUAAGCUGCAUUCUGUCAUUGCCUUUGAAAGAUCUAUAUUUUUCUCUGUAGGAAAAAAAAGUCAUAUUAAAUAUUGAGCAUUCAGAAAGAUUUACUCUUCACAUGAUGUAGGUAUGAGACCUCCGGUAUCACUGGUGGGAGUUCUUUGCCUGCGCCGAGAGGAGCAGAUACGUGAUUGAAAACUUGCAGACUUGGUGCGGCGAUAGGAAACUGAAUGUAUCAAGCACUGACAGUGUGGAAGCAGUUUAUUUAUACGUCUCUGUAAAAGGGUAUUUUAGAAAUGAGUGGUGUGAAGAUGUAAAAAAGAGAUUUUAUAAGUGCAAUAUUUAUAGUGAUAUU